UUGGGCCGCCUAUAUGUAGAUUCUAUGUAUAUUAAUUCCGCAUUUUUAUUAAACCUGCAUCAUGGCCGAUGUCGACUCAUUACAUGAUUUGUCCGAUGCUGAUGGUGACCCAAGUGCCGUAGAAGCUGAUGCAGAAGACGAAGAAGCAAACGAGGAAAGUGUUGAUCCAUCACAGCGUAAGAAAAGUAAGAAGAAGAAGCGAAAAGCUAAAGAUACAGAGAGAUCUAGUGGGGACUCCGAUAAUCAGAUUCAUGAGGUUACGGAACACAAAUGCUUAGAAGUUCCAGACAAUGUCUCUCUCUCACAGUCUGGAAUGGAGGCUGAUUCUGAAAGUCAAGGCUCCCAAGACUCCAAAGCUGAGGAUGCACUGUCUGAACCUUGUAGUACUGAUAAAGGCAAAGCAAAGUCAACAGUUGAAGCUCAGAAGAUGGCCAACAUAACCCAAAUUCAGAAUGCUCUGGAACUGCUGGCACUACCACAGGGAGCAGCCCCUAAAAGUUUAGAUGAAGCUAAAAAGAAAAAAUAUCAGUUUUGGGAAACACAGCCUGUACCUAAAUUUGGUGAUGAAGACAUAACUGUAAAUGAGGAGAUAGAGAAAGAUAAGGCACCUUCUGAAAUUAGAUCAGAGCCGCUGACAUUGCCUGCUGGUUUUGUGUGGGAUACAUUAGACAUAAGUGAUCCACUUAUACUGAAAGAGCUCUAUACCUUACUGAAUGAAAACUAUGUUGAAGAUGAUGAUAAUAUGUUUCGUUUUGAUUACUCACCAGAAUUUCUUCAGUGGGCUCUUCAGCCUCCUGGAUGGCUAAGAGACUGGCACUGUGGUGUAAGAGUUAUCAAAAGUAAAAAACUGGUUGGCUUCAUAAGUGCUGUACCUGCUCAUAUUAAAAUUUAUGACAAAUCCAAAAAGAUGGUAGAGAUCAACUUUCUUUGUGUUCACAAGAAGCUUCGAGCUAAACGUGUGGCUCCAGUGUUGAUCAAAGAGAUCACAAGACGUGUUCACCAGCAGGGUCUGUUUCAGGCUGUGUACACUGCUGGUGUUGUGCUUCCCAAGCCUGUGGCAUCCUGCAGGUACUGGCACAGAUCUCUAAAUCCUAGAAAGUUGAUAGAAGUUAAGUUUUCUCAUUUAAGUCGAAACAUGACUAUGCAGCGGACUCUGAAGCUUUAUAAACUUCCUGAUCACCCAAAGACCCCAGGUUUUAGGAAGCUAACACCUUCAGAUGUUCCAGAGGCAUACCAGUUGCUUAAAAAAUUCAUGAAGAGGUAUGAUCUAGCCCCUUUGUUUAAAGAAGAAGAGUUUCGUCAUUGGUUUAUUCCAAGAGAUGGAAUAAUAAAUAGCUACGUGGUGGAGACAAACGGCAAAUUGACAGAUUUUGUAAGCUUUUAUUCCCUUCCAUCCACUAUUAUGCAUCAUCCAGUGCACAAAUCUCUGCGUGCUGCAUAUUCCUUUUACAAUGCUAGUUUUAAGACUCCAUGGCUGGAUCUCAUGCAGGAUACACUUAUUGAAGCUAAAAAUAUGGGAUUUGAUGUGUUUAACGCCUUGGAUUUGAUGGACAACAAAGACUUUCUUGAAAAGUUAAAGUUUGGUGUGGGGGAUGGGUUUUUGCAGUAUUAUCUUUAUAACUGGAAGUGUCCCCAUAUGGAAACCAAUCAGGUUGGCCUGGUGUUGCAAUGAUGACAAAAUGACUUAGAAAAUCUAUAUGAUUGAUGAUGUUUGUGGAUGACUGAGACAUCUGUGAUAAGAGCUCAGAACAUAAAAGUGAAUGUUCCUUCAAGUCAAUAAAACGUUUGGGUGAAUGAAUUGCAAGAACUAUUUUUGUUGUAACGACUUGAUCAUUUAUAUAUUUUAUAGCGUUUUGUUUGCUUGUGAAAAGUAAUAUGUAUGUGGUGUUUGAAGUCUUUUUUUGUUUUUCCUCUAUAGAAUCAUCUGAAUGUUUGAAAGAUUCAGUCUGUUUCAUGCUCUUUUUAAAACCAGUUGUGACAGAGUUUCUUUUUUAUACAGAGUGUACUGUGUAGUAUUCACUAUUUAUUUUUUUUUACACCGCCUAGUUCUGUUACAACUUUUCCUAUUCUUAAUCCACUAUCAUCAGCAUUUAUCAAAGUUCCAAGAUAAAAUCAUAAUCUUAUUAUCAUAGAUUCUCAAACUUGUACUUUUAUAUACAGUGUUUUAUGUGACAAUAUGGCUGUGUGAAACAAAUUGUGAGAUAAAACCUUUGUCAGUCAUCAAAAGUUAAAAGGUUAAUGAAUUCAUCGUUGUUUUAUGUUUUUAUAUCAUCUGUAAUACCUGAAUAUGUGGGCUAAUCAAGUUUUCAUUAUUUCAUAUGCCAAUCAAUUUGUUUCCUGUGAAGUAACAAAUGUGACAUCGUUUUAUUUAUAAUUAGUCAAGAGAAUUUUAAAUACUUGUUUAUGUUUCUAUUGACUAAUAACCACUUCAAGUGGUCAUACAAGCUAUCACUUGGAUUGUGUAAAACAUUACUUGACACUGGAAAGUAAAUAAACAGGUAAACUUAAGAUACUGGUAGUUUUCUUAAAUCUAAUACAUACGUCCAGAGCUGAAUGGUCAAUUACCAUGGAUACGGUAAUGAGAAAAAUCAUUGUGCUGACCAAUUCUUAAAUAUUAAAACAAGAAUUGCCAGUACUGAAUUCAGCAUUCAAUGUGAACUGCUUCAUGUAUGGGACUAUUGAGGACAGCUUAUUUUCUUUUUAUGUCAGAAAUGUCAUUUUAUGCAAGCCAGUGUAUAUAAUGAAAAUGUGGAAACGAGAUGAAAGAUAAUAGACCAUUAUAGGUUAUUUGAAUUUUUUUUUUUUACAUUUGCUUUUGUACCGGGUAUUUGUAAAUUUAUUAAUAAUGAUUUUUAAAUAAUCAAGUUUAGGCUUCGUAUUAUUAAGAUUACACCAAUUCAAUAUCACAGUUAUGAUGAGCAUUCUAUAACUAAAGACUAUACUGGUAAAAAUGCUGGACGCAUUAAUUGGACAUUCAGAAAAUAUUGCAAAGCUUUCGAAUAAAUCUAUUGUUUGAAAUGCUUUUGUAAAUGUAGAUUUGAUAUUUUUUCAGUUCAUUCAUGUUUGUGUUACUAUAUUUUACUCAAUUCUAGCAUAUUCUCUAGUGUAUCAAAAAUAUAGUUCACAAUUAGCUAUUCCUUAGCAUCCCAUGUUAUUUUCAAGAACAACUUUCUAUUCUCUCUGUGCUAGUUUACAUUAAUGUAGCUUUAAAAUAAAAGCUUCAAAAUAUGCUGUAUAUUUGAUUGCUUGUCACUAUGCUAUUUAACCAUUGAUUAUUUUUUUUUACAGUGUGUCCAUAAAUUAUUUAUAAAUAAUGCA